AUGUCUUUUGGUACCCUAAGUCAGAUUUGGGUGAACAUUACUGCUCAUUCGAUUAUUUGCACAAAUCGUUUCGUUGCCCAUGAGCAACAUAGGCGUUCUGAAUACCCACAACUCACUCUGAUCACUGGCUGGAUUUCAAGCUCAGGGUCGCCAAAACUGUUUUGGAAGUCUGGAGGCGUAGAAGAAAGCACUUAUUUCAGUCCAAAUUCAAAAUUAUUAGGAGAUGAAGAAAGGAUUGCACCCUCAGAUGCAAUGGGUGUCUUACGUGACACAGAGUGGGAGACUGAUGCACGUUAUGAUGACCAAGAUACACCAUGUUGGAAAAGUCUACCACUUGAAGGCUAAGCGCCAAAUGGCUGAGAACCUCGGCCAGGUUGCCAAGUUUAAGCAACGGUAUGAGAAGGCGGCACCUACUCAGAAAGAGUAACCAUGAUUGGUACUUUGGUUUGGAUUGUUUCUUUCGAAAACUAGUGUUUCACAGUCAUUCGUUAUGUUUAACUUAAUGAAAGAGGUUCCGUUGUGGUCUAAUUUUUCUUCUUAAUCACUGCUACAUUUUGGUGCUCCGUAAAACUCGUGUGGUUCUGGAGUAGAGUUGCUCCUUGAUGGCUCAUGUUAUGUUUUGACAUUAAUUUCUUUCUUAUCAAUGAGUUGGUUUCACUC